UCGAUCAACAUCCAAUUACUGCAGCGAGGACAAUGGCACUGUGGUGUUGCUGUUGUGAAACAACAUAAAAGAGUGGUGCCGACUGCCGAGAUAGGAGAGAGGAGUGAACCAAAGAAAGAAGAAGAGAUCAGGGAGGAAGAUGAGCAAGCAGGGUGGUAAUGGUAUGGCUAGCACGGUCCCUCUCCUCACCCCCUACAAGAUGGGCGCCUUCCAUCUCUCCCACAGGGUAGUUCUCGCACCCCUUACAAGGACACGAUCCUAUGGCAAUGUUCCUCAGCCCCAUGCCAUACUGUAUUAUCAGCAGAGAACAACCAAAGGAGGCCUCUUGAUUGCCGAGGCCACUGGAGUCUCAGACACUGCCCAAGGGUACAAAGAUACUCCUGGCAUUUGGACAAAAGAGCAGGUGGAAGCAUGGAAGCCUAUCGUAGAUGGGGUUCAUGCCAAGGGAGGGAUAUUUUUCUGUCAGAUUUGGCAUGUCGGAAGAGUCUCUAAUCAUACUUAUCAGCCUAAUGGACAAGCUCCGAUAUCGAGCACCGAUAAGCCAUUGAAACCUAUGGUGAUAGAUAAUCACAUAGUAGCUGAUUUCUCAACGCCUAGGCCACUGGAGACCGAUGAGAUCCCUAUGGUCAUCAAUGAUUUCAGGGUUGCUGCUAGAAAUGCAAUUGAAGCUGGAUUUGAUGGUGUUGAGAUCCAUGGGGCUCAUGGCUAUUUGAUCGAUCAGUUCUUCAAGGACCAAGUCAAUGGACGCACUGACAAAUACGGCGGGAGCUUAGAGAAUCGUUGCCGGUUUGGACUAGAAGUGGUCCAAGCCGUGGUAGAUGAAAUCGGAGCUGAUAAGGUUGGGAUGAGGCUCUCGCCCUUUGCAAACUACUGGGAAUCGUCAGACUCCAACCCGGGAGCUCUAGGCCUGUACAUGGCACAAGCGCUGAACCAAAUUGGGAUCCUCUACUGUCACACGGUCGAGCCAUGGAUGAUAACGUUCGUUGACAAGGUUGAAACUCCAAAUAGCCUUGGCGCCAUGCGGGAUGCUUUCAAGGGAACGUUUAUCGUAGCCGGUGGCUACAACAGGGAGGAUGGAAAUGCAGCUGUCUCCGGUGGCUAUGCUGAUCUGGUUGCAUACGGGCGUUUGUUCUUGUCUAAUCCUGACUUGCCUCGGAGGUUUGAGAUCGAUGCUCCUCUAAACAAGUACAACAGAGAUACUUUCUACAUCUCCGAUCCAGUUGUUGGAUACACUGAUUACCCAUUCCUUUCAUCCGAUGUAUAAAUGGCUGUUUUAUAAACGGGCUCAUCCCCGCUCUGAACUAUGAUACCCGGACGUAUUCAUUGUUA